CCAAAAUGUGCACCCCUGACAUUUCGCACAUUUCCUCGAACGAUUACAAUUUUAUUUAUGAGCCGGCAGAAGACACCUUCCUGCUAAUAGAUGCAAUAGAAAAAGAAGUUAAUUUCCUCCAAAGGAAAAGCCCUGUAAUAUCUCUGGAGAUCGGUUCAGGAUCAGGGAUUUGUUCAGCUUUUCUUGCCAAGGAAAUUGGGAGACCAAUAUUUUCACUAUGCACAGACAUCAAUGUGAAAGCAGCAGAAGUGACACACACUACUGGAAAGAAAAACAUGGUCCAGCUUCAUGCUGUACUCACUGACUUGGUGAAUGGGCUGCUGCCGAGGUUAACGGGCCAAGUAGAUGUACUGUUGUUUAACCCUCCAUAUGUUGUUACCCCUAGCGAAGAGGUUGGAAGCACAGGUAUCGAAGCAUCCUGGGCAGGUGGCAAGGAUGGAAGGGAGGUAAUUGACAGAGUGCUGCCCCUUGUUCCACAGUUACUUGCCCCUGAUGGCGUCUUUUACAUGGUGGUUAUUAAAGAAAACAAAGCAGAUGAAAUAGCGUCCAUUCUUGGAGAAUUUGGUUUGAAGAUGGAAGAGGUUAUGUCUAGACGGAGUGGACCAGAAUUUCUGUCUGUUCUGAAAUUUCAGAGAUGACGGUCUAAAAGACUUUACCUCAAGCCUUUAAACUUAUAAAUGAUGAGAACAGACAUUGGCUCAUUGUUCAGAACACACCCUGGAACAUAGUUCAGAACACACUUUGGAUCAUUGUUCAGAACACACAUUGGAUCCUUGUUCAGAACACAACUUGGACCAGAGGUCAGAACACACAUUGGACCAGAGAUCAGAUCACACCUUGGAUCAUUGUUCAGAACACACCUUAGAUCAUUGUUCAGAACACACCCUGGAACAUAAUUCAGAACACACUUUGGAUCAUUGUUCAGAACACACCUUGGAUCAUUGAUCAAAACACACCCUGGAUCAUUGUUCAGAACGCACCCUGGAAUAUUGUUCAGAACACACCCUGGAAUAUUGUUCAGAACACACCCUGGAUCAUUGUUCAGAACUUACCCUGGAAUAUUGUUCAGAACACACCCUGGAUCAUUGUUCAGAACACACCCUGGAAUAUUGUUUAGAACACACCCUGGAUCAUUGUUCAGAUCACACCCUGGAAUAUUGUUCAGAACAUACCCUGGAUCAUUGUUCAGAACGCACCCUGGAUCAUUAUUCGAACACACCCUGGAAUAUUUUUCGGAAUACACAUUGGAUCAUUGUUCAGAACACACCCUGGAUCAUUGUUCAGAACACACCUUGGACCAUUGUUGAGGCAGAACAGAGGCCAAUAAGCACAAGCAGACCUUGAUUAACUCAAAAUAAUAAACAAACAAAACAUUUUCUCAAAUACUGGAUUUAAUCCAAGUGUUGUUGGAUUAAAAUAGUGCUCAUAUAGUGUGUUCAACAGUUCAUGUGGAUUUAAUCCUGCAGACAUUAAAGAUACCAAGAACAGUGAUGGUAUUUCGUGACUUAUUUUAUAUUUUAGGUAUUUAAAUGUUAUUAUAAUUUAUUGGAAAUGUCUUUUGUAGAUCUGUAAGUAAAUAGAUUGUACUUAACUUUU